AUGAGCGAACCCGCUAGCAAUGCCGCGCUUGGGGCGACCCGUUCCCAAGCCACUGCGACCUCCCAAAGCGGGCUUCCGAACCAAGAGCCUUCACCGACUUCCACCGCUCCUGAGAACAAGGGUGCGCCAUCGGAAGACGCAGCUUUGAAAGAUGCCGCUUCGCGCGGCGAAGAUGUCGGCGCGGACCCACGCCGAAAGAGUCGGGUGCCAGAGUGGAUGUCCAAAGCGUUGAAAGAUCCGCGAAGCUGGAAGAACCUGCUCCGUUGCUGGGCGGCUUCGUGGGUAUGCUUCAUUCUGCUCUUUCCCAACAAGUCGCUGGCCACGCUCGGUCAAGCUGCUUUCUUCACGUGUAUCGUCACGAUCAUGAUCCCAUCCAACAUGCCCGUCUUUAUUUGGCUGCUGGCCAACACCACCUUGGUCCUUGGAGCAGCUUUCGGGUGGGCCUGGUCCGCCGCGGGAAUGGCUGCAUCUCGACGUGCCAGACCUGCGGGUGUACUGAGCGAGAGGUUGCAAUCCGUGCAGAGCUCCGUCGCUACGGCGACCAACCCGCAAGCUGCUUACAGGGGUGCCAUCUUCAGGGGAGAGCUCGUCCAGCCGGCCAGCACUGGAGUCACGGCUGCCUUCUUCGUCGUGGGCUGCUACUUCUUUGCAGUGAUCAUGGCCAAAGCACCAAAGCUCAAGAUCUUCGCAAUCUUUGGAAUCAUCGUCAUGGACAUCGGAUUGACCUACGGGCCGCUCUUUCCAGCGCCUCCAUACACUAUCCCGACCAUUUUCAUGCUACCGAUCGGCGUAGCGCUUGGAGUAGCAUUCGCAUGUAUGCUGCUCAUCUUCCCCGAAACGCUCUCCCACAGCUGGACGACUGGUCUGACAGAGCUGCUUGGCACUCUGAGCAAGUUGCUUAGCGUCCACCAAGACAGUCUCAAAGCCAUUGCGCAAGAUCCUGCCGCUGCACGCAGCUUCGAGACGAAAUUCGCACCUGUGCGACUGAGCGCCAUCGACCUGCUGGAGAGCUUGGGUGGACAGCAAGCCUUCCUUGACCUGGAGGUAUCCUAUGCGCGCUACUCCAACAAGGACCUCAAGUCGAUGUACAAGAAAGUCGCUUUGACCACGGUGCGCCUGAUGGGCAUUCAAGCUUUUCAUCAUUUCAUCGAGGAUGACGACAUCAACUACGGAGCUUCGCUGGAUGACGUCACCGAGGGCAAAGAAGUGCUCAAUGACGAUGUCGAAAAGCAGACCGUCCACGCUGCGGACACCGCAAGGCUACACGAUCUGCGUCAAAAGAUGCGCGUCGCUCAACGCCAGCAAGGCGUGGAGCUCAGUCAACUGCUCCCCAAGAUGGAGGCAGCCAGCGAACGCUUGUUUGCAGCUUCCUAUCAAUGUCUGCACGAGACUUCGCAGUGGCUGCGCGCGACGAACCAAAACAGAUGGCUCGGGCAACAGAGCGCGGAACAGCACCAAAAAAGCCUCGACUUGCUGACCGCAGCGGCGCAGGAGCUGACGGAAGCUGUGGCAGAUUUCAAGUCGAAGGAGCUGGCCCAACUCAUUGCCCCAUACGAUGGGGAGCAUUUUCUGACAGACGAAACUGUUCAGGACUUUUCACUUGGCUGUCGUCCGCUUCAUUUGGCAUUCGUCUGGGUCAAGAAUCAGGAGAGGUUCGCAUUGACCCUGGCUGACUUUACGAGAGAGGUGCGCCACAUUGCUCAGAAGCAUCCGCGCAGCAAGCUCUGGUUCCCACUGUCUCUGCGCAAGUUGUGGAAAGUGGCCUUCUCGAGACAUCACGGACACACCGGAGGCAUCGUGUCUGCAGGCGCUCAAGGGGUGGAAGAGCCAGCACCAGCAACGUCGUCGACGAUGCGAGAUCUGGACUCCUUACCUCCUUCGCACGUGGGCCACAAGCUAGGAAGAUCGCUUGCAGGCUUCUACGACUUUUUCUCCUCAUCCGAUGGCAUGUUUGCACUUCGAUUUGUGAUUGGAUCGAUCGCGCUCUGGGUGCCGGCGGUCCUUCCAAGCUCGGCUGGCUUUGUCUACCAGAAUCGAGGUAUCUGGGCGCUCAUCAUGUUCCAGACCGGGAUGGCGAGCACGAGUGGCGAGCUGUUCUUUUCGAUUGCCGCUAGACUGCUUGGCACGGUCAUAGGACUGCUGGCUGGUGCGGUUUGCUGGUACAUCGGAUCGGGAAGCGGCAACGGCAAUCCUUACGGUCUCGCAGCUACGAUGGCAGUGGUGCUCCUACCCAUCAUGUUCUUCCGGCUAUACGCACCGCCAAUCCUUCUCUUACCAACGAUGAUGUGCGGCGUGACAGUCGUUCUCAUCGUUGGCUACAGCUGGAUUGAUGCGGGCCACCUGGCUGGCAUCUCUGUCAACAGCGGCAUCGGCAUCGAGGUGGCAUGGAGAAGAGGAUUACUGGUCAUCAUCGGAAUGGCAGUCUCUGUCAUCAUCGUCCUUUUCCCGCGUCCUCCGAGCACCAGGAAGCAGGUCAGAUUGCAUUUUGCAGCUUCCACAGCGUCAAUUUUGGAUCUCUACGAGAGUCUCAUGGGCGCAUUCGUGACUGUUGCGGACCGACAAGAGGAUCUCGCAUCGCUCGACGAGACUUUGGCAUCUUUGCGGCCACGUUACGUCGGCGCGUUGGUGAGACUCAAAGGCCUAAAAGCGGCGGUCGGCAUGGCCAGACUGGAUCUUCAAAUCCGAGGGAAAUGGCCGGCAAAGAGAUACGAGCAGAUGCUGACUGUUCACGCCAGGCUGCUCGAAUCUCUCUCCCAGCUCUUUGCCGUUCUUUCAGACACCAAAGAUGAUCUGGAGUGGAGGCGACGCUUCGGGAAGAGGACACCCUUCUGCAGCCCAGAGAUCACUCAAGACGUGAUCGCGACGUUGGUGCUCGUGCAGCACGCCUUGAAGAGCGGGCGAUUGAUUCCACCGGGUGCCACUGGGUCCUUGUUGGACAGAGUGGUGGUCAGGUAUCAGCAAGUUUUCCGGGAGCGCACCUCUUCCAAUGCUUCGCGAGCUGAACAGCUCACUCUGGAACAAGUCAGAGACGAUACCUAUGUACUCCACAUGGCUGGUGUCUCCAGCUUUUUCGCUUUCGUCGCUCGUCUCGAUGAGCUUGUCGCGCUCUGUCUCUGA